AAAGUGUUCUGCAUGCAGCAUCUGAGAGGAUACCAGUGUACUGGGGUCUAAAUAUGACAAGAAAAGACCUGGAAUGUGAGGAAUAUUAAACCCGUGUGCAGCUGCUGGUCCUGUAGUUCCCAGGGAAACCACCAAGCGUACCCUCCUCAACCACCAUUGAAGAGCAGCAGUAGAGACAGACAGGUGUGCACCAGUUCUGACAGUCUGUGUGUGGAGGAGCAGGAUGGGGUAUGACGUGGAGCGCUUCGUGGGCUAUGUAAAUGAGGGUCUGCUGUGCUGUGUGUGUCGGGACGUGCUGGAGGACCCUCUGCAGGCUCCGUGUGAGCAUGCUUUCUGCAGCACCUGCAUUCACGCCUGGCUCGUCCACCACCACAACUGCCCAGAGGACCGGCUGCCGCUGGACAUCACAAACCUACGGCCGCUGUACAGGUACAUGCGGAAUGACCUGGCGAGGCUCCAGAUGAGGUGUGUGUAUCGCCCGCAGGGCUGUGAGGUGAUCUGUGCUCUGGAGUCCAUGCAUCGUCAUGAGCAGGAGUGCGACUUUGCUCUGCUGAGCUGCAGUAAUGCUGGUGAGGAGUACUUGUGUUACCGCUGUGGUAGGUUUACAUGUUGUCCAGUACAGGUGUCUCGGCGGUCUUUGGAAGCCCACCUGUGUGUGUGUGAGUACCGGAAUAGAAUGUGUGCGAGUGGCUGUGGAUUCACACUAACCAACACGGAGGAGGCUCAACACAACUGCAUCUCCGAGCUGCGAGCUGAACUGGACUUGCUGAGGGCAGAGUUAGACUGUAAAGUUGAGGAGGUGAGGCGAGAGAUGGAAUCACGGCUGGAUUCUCAGAGGAGACACAUGGUGCAAAAAGAGAGUCUACUGAAGAAUGAGGUGGAUGAACUCAAGGGCCAGCUGUCUCGUGUGAUGUCAGAUGUCCGUGUGUUGCUGGGCGCAGAGCGAGCUCGCCGGCAGGAGCUGGAGAGGGCAGAGCUCGAGAAAGCAGAGCUACUGGAGCUUCUGAAAAAGGAGGGGCUUAGGCCAGCCACGCCCACUCCGACUGCAACACCCCCAGCUGAAGGACCUCGUAAGACAAGCCCACGCAGUCUAGCUUUGGACUGCAUCAAGAGGAAGAGCAGAGAGGUCACGGUCAUCUGAAGAGCUUUACACAACACACACACACUGAAAAACCAGUGACACAAUCUGACGUAACCUGAGGGCUAACCUGCUGUUACCUACAAAUCCUAUUCACGCAGACACACCACUGAACCACACUGAUACCAUUAAUCUUCCACUACAGACUCGACUCACAAAAGGCUUCAAAGAACAUUAUAAACAGCAAUGAAUGGAGUAACAAACAGAACAUCUAAAAUGAUCAUACUGUGUGUUUGGAACAUUUUUAUAUAUAUUUCAGAUCAUUGUACGGGUUUAACAGAUGCAAAUGUUUAAAAACUUAUUUCACACAAUGUUAGACCACUUUACUGUACUGUUCCUCCAAACAAACCUACAAUAAAGUUCUAUAGAAAGAACCAA